AGUAAUGGCCACAGCUGUGCUCCCUGUAGCUAGGUUGAGCCAGCUGUGGAGAAUUAAUUAAUUAAGAGGGAGGCUGUGUUUGGAGUUGGGGUUUGAAGCUGACAUUUGGUGGUCACUGAAGAAAGAUAUAUGGGAAUAAACCCAGAGCAAAGAGAACUAAUCAGGCUUUGUUUUCUUCUGAGAAUGUUUUGCCAAGGCGAAGGAAAAUGGAUCUUCUUUCUCUUUUGAUGCUUCAGCCUACCUACGGAAGAAGGGGCAGCUGCAGUGAAGAAAAUGAUACAAAGAGAAAGUAGAGGUUGAAGGUUUCAAGUGGCAAAUGUUGAUUGAUGACUACACUGACUAGGCUGGUGUCCCAUGCUGAAGUUGUGAAUAAGGAAUAAUGGAACAAACAAAGCAUUGUACGAUCAGUAAAUAUUGUACUACAUGGAAGAGAGAGCAAAUAGAAAAGAAAAUGGAAUUACAUAGCUUUACAAAAUGCAGAUAUGCCAGCAGUGGUGUCAGGCAAUUUAAUACCCCAGAAGGGGUGGGUCUCAAGCAUGCCUUAGCCAGAGAACUAGCGCAUCACUGCAUUGCACCCCAUUUGAGGCAGCAACCAACCACCAGAGAUGCUGCCACACAGUUCCGACUGCUAGUGUAACAUGCUUUGUACAGCGUGAGUCGCGUCCUCCUCUAGUGGUCCUGCUCCUGCUGCCAGCUAGUUGAGUUCUGCCGCUUCAACAGAAGGAAUAAGUCUGUACUACGUGGUGCUGAAGAUCCCAGGUUUGCCCCCUGCAGCUCCUCCUUGCAAAGAACUUGUGAUACAGAGAGGAAGUGGAAAUGAUACUCCUAGAUCAGGCCUGUAAUGACAGUGCAGUGAUAUCAGCUUAAUGAUAGCAGCCCGGAUGACACCAUUCAGAACCAAUGGAGGGCACUCAGUGUAUCGCAAACUAGAACAUUAUCACCAACAAGCUCUAGAGCAUCAUCACUUGCUGGAAAGCCUUCUGAAUUAGACAAGAGCUGCCUCUCAGCCCAGCUACAAAACACUUUAAACCUGACCAGCUAAAUGGAUAAACCUAUCCUGCAUAGCUUUUAAAUUGGGCUCGGCUUAUACAGCGCAGGAGGCCUGUCUGCUUCAAGAACUGGAGAGCUGGAAGAUGGAUUGCUGUGUCUGGGAAUGGCAAAAGGCAGCAGAAUAAGGGAUGCUAGGGAACUUUGUGUGGGUUACUGGCAUGCACGCCGGAUGGUGGUGAUGUGACUGGCAGCUGUGCUGUGACAUGAAGCUUGCAAUGGUUUAAAGAAAUGAGACCAAUUUAAAAAACAAAACAAAACACAAAAGCAAGAGUGAGACAGAGAGGAGAAAACAGCUGGAGGAAGAAAAAGGGGAUACAUUUGUGGAUGACAAAAGGAUGGGUUUCCAUUUAAUUAAGCAGCUGAGAGGCAUGAGUGUGGUGUUAGUGCUACUGCCUACAGUGCUGUUUCUUAUGCUCGCAGGGGCUCAGCGAGCUUGCCCCAAGAACUGCAGAUGUGAUGGCAAAAUUGUGUACUGUGAAUCACAUGCAUUCAGAGAUAUCCCUCAGAAUAUUUCUGGAGGUUCUCAAGGCUUAUCGCUACGGUACAACAGCAUCCAGAAGCUUAAAUCAAAUCAGUUUGCAGGCCUGAAUCAGCUCAUAUGGCUUUAUCUUGACCAUAAUUACAUCAGCUCCGUAGACGAGGAUGCGUUUCAGGGGAUCCGUCGGCUGAAGGAAUUAAUUCUGAGCUCCAACAAAAUUACCCAUCUGCACAACAAAACAUUUCACCCGGUCCCCAAUCUCCGCAAUCUGGACCUUUCUUACAACAAGUUACAGGUGUUGCAAUCUGAGCAAUUUAAGGGCCUUCGCAAACUCUUGAUCUUGCACUUGCGGUCGAACUCAUUGAAAACUGUGCCAAUCAGAGUUUUUCAAGAUUGCCGAAAUCUCGAUUUUCUGGAUUUGGGCUACAACCGUCUGCGGAGUUUAUCCCGUAAUGCUUUUGCUGGCCUCUUGAAGCUAACAGAGCUCCACUUGGAGCACAAUCAGUUUUCGAAGAUCAACUUCGCCCACUUUCCACGCCUCUUCAACCUCCGCUCUAUUUAUUUGCAAUGGAAUAGGAUCCGGUCUAUUAACCAAGGGCUAACAUGGACUUGGAGUUCCUUGCACAACUUGGAUUUAUCGGGGAAUGACAUCACUGGGAUAGAACCUGGGACCUUCAAAUGCCUGCCCAACCUGCAAAAGCUGAACUUGGAUUCCAACAAACUCACCAACAUCUCUCAGGAGACUGUCAAUGCGUGGAUCUCGCUAAUAUCCAUCACUCUGUCCGGAAAUAUGUGGGAAUGUACUCGAAGCAUUUGCCCUCUUGUUACUUGGCUUAAGAAUUUCAAGGGAAAUAAAGAAAGCACUAUGAUAUGCGCGGGCCCUAAGCAAAUCCAGGGCGAAAAGGUGAGCGAUGCUGUGGAAACAUAUAAUAUCUGUGCCGAAAUCCAGGUUGUGGUCACUGAAAGAUCAUACCAGCCACCUAAAACUCCCCAGAGACCUCUCUUUAUCCCCAAACCUACCAUUUCCAAACUGGAAAACAAUCAAAUGACCUCUGUGAUGCCCACUCCUUCUCCAGACUUACCAACACCUGGAGCAGAACCAGAGUAUGAGCAUGUUUCCUUUCAUAAAAUCAUUGCUGGGAGUGUCGCUCUCUUUCUUUCAGUGGCUAUGAUUUUGUUGGUUAUCUACGUGUCUUGGAAGCGGUACCCAGCCAGCAUGAAACAACUGCAGCAACACUCUCUCAUGAAGAGGCGCAGGAAAAAGGCCAGAGAGUCCGAAAGGCAAAUGAACUCCCCUUUACAGGAGUAUUACGUGGACUACAAGCCGACAAACUCUGAGACCAUGGAUGUAUCAGUUAAUGGAUCUGGGCCCUGCACAUAUACCAUCUCUGGCUCCAGGGAAUGUGAGGGGUGGUGUGAGGAGAAAUCUAUUAAAGAUUGUGAAGCACUUAAGGCCCAAUUUUUAAAGGUCCCUCACCCCAUGAAGACCUUGCCCUAUUACAGCUAUGACCAACCAGUGAUCGGAUACUGCCAGGCCCACAAGCCUCUCCAUGUAAAUAAGGCGUACGACACCAUCUCCCGGGCGGAGCAGGUUGAGACCACCAACCUGGAACUCAGUCGAGACCACAGCUUCAUAGCAACAAUUGCGCGCUCAGCCGCUCCAGCCAUUUACAUCGAGAGAAUACCAAACUAAUCAUGGAGACCGCUUCUUCGGGAAUGGGUGGGAGUAGGGAAUUCUUUUGAGGAACUUUCAUCUCAGAAGAGAACAGGACAAGAAAAACAAAAAUCUACCAUUCCAGUUGCAAAUGUUCCAACACACACAAAAGGAAAAGAGAUAAAGAAAAGUGUGGAAAUUCUGUCUUGCAAUUCAGCGCUGAGAACUUGAAGAUUUUCUUUUGCUUUAAAACUUUCAAACAAACUCCUUGGUGUAAAUAUUAAAGAGAGAUUGUCAAGUUCUUAUUAAAAAUAGAUUCACUCUAGCUACAUAAAGGGAUGGAUUAAGAGUUCUGUUUGUAUAUUUGAUUUUUCUACGUUGCACGGUUCUUGAGAAGGAGAACCACAGGUAAAAGCGAGGUGGGAGGUUCCAAGGUGGGUCAGUCAGAGCUUCUUUAUUAAGUGUUUAUUACUCUUAAAGCUUUGUUUAAAUUGAUUUUUCUUUUCUUUUUUAAAUCAAACAAAAUGAUGGCUAUUUUAUUUUACUUUUGGGGGGAGGGGUCAAGUGCUAAUAUUUUGAACUCCAAACAUGGGCAUUACAGCUUGUGUUGAACCAAAAGGACGUUGGCAAUUGAUGCAGCAGAACAAAGAAAGAAAAAGAAAGAAACAAAAACCUUGGGUGCAUGUACAUUUUAAGACACAUGCUGUGCACCAUGGAGGGUACUUUGGAUUUUUUACUAUCUUCAUCGUGCUUCAUUGUCGACACUAUAAUUACCAUUUGGGCUCUAAAAAUGGGGAAACAUGAUGGAAUAUCAGUUCACACAUUUACAAUCUAUAGAUGGCAUAGGCAAAAAAUAAUGGACUUUUGGGUACCCAAAUGGAUGCAAUGUGCCCAAAAUGGAUUGGAAGGAAAUGCAUAAAGCAGGAGCAUUUCAAUGAAACUCAAUGGCUGACACAAUUUCUAAAACACAGGAGAAUGUGUAGCAUUGGUUUUGUUUUGUUUUUUUAAUUAAUUAUUAUGAUGAGUUAGCUUUUGUGUAGAUUUUAUCAAUAAAAGAACAAAAAAAGUGGUGGAAAAAAAUAAACAUAUUAUUUUGUGGUUGGGACACCACAGCCAAACUAA